AGUGAAAAGAAGAACAAGCCCUGCAAGCUUUCUUUCUACAGAUGCCCCCUGUGUCAUGGUUCUGCUCAUAAGGCCUCGUGCUUGCAAUGCAGGAGUCAUGUCUGCAGCCGUGAGACUCAGUGGGAGGAUGGUGACCAAACGGACAACGCUAGCGGCCCUUGUGCUCCUGGGCACAAUAUUGCGAUGUUCAUCAUCAAACGAUUCACAAUUUGGCGUCAUCAACAAAGCCACAGGAUUUUGUCUGGUGAAAAAAUCCAGCCGCUGCCAGGACAUGCGCUGGACGACGGGCAACCGGCUUUACUCCACAUCCACCAAGAAGUGUCUGGGAGCCCAGGGCCGCAGUGUGGGCAGCGAGGUGACCCUCUACGACUGCGACGACCGGAGCGACCUGCAGAAGUGGGAGUGCAGGAACGACACGCUGCUGGCGCUGAAAGGCCAGCAGCUAUACAUCGAAAUGAAAUCGGACGAAACCACCGCUCUCUCCAGGUCGGUCGGACCCAACAACCACUUCACAAUCACAGGCUCGUCGAGCGGUCCUUGCUCCCGAACGUUCAGAGAGUUCUAUUCCAUUGGGGGAAAUGCGUUCGGAAAGAUAUGUGCAUUUCCCUUCCUGUACAAGGACAGAUGGUUCGGAGACUGCACCACGUUCGACUCAUCUAUCAAGCGCCCUUGGUGCUCAGUUGAGACCAAAUAUGAGCACGAGCUCUGGGGCUACUGUCCCACCUUAUCCACAGAGUUCUGGAACAAGAACCAAGUCACUGGAGCUUAUUAUCAGGUGAACAGCCAGUCAGCGCUGACCUGGCCUCAGGCGGCAGACAGUUGCAGACAGCAGGGGGCUUCUCUGGUCAGCAUCAGUGAUCCCAACGAGCAGGCGCUGAUCUCAGCUCUUCUGGGAUCUGGGAAAACCAAACUAUGGCUGGGUCUAGUUCAAAACCCGACCAAUGGCUGGCAGUGGUCUGAUGGGAAGCCGUUUCGUUACAUAAGAUGGAGUCCAGGAAAUCCUCUCCCAAACCCGGGAUACAACUGUGCCAUUCUGGACUCUACUGGACAACAUAACUGGCAAAGCUCUUCAUGCUCCAAGAAAAUGGGCUACAUCUGCUACAAAGAAGGAGCUCCAAUGCUGCCGCCACAAAUCGAGGAAGGAUUUUGCUCAGACCCGUGGAUUCCCUACAACGGCCACUGCUUCCACCUGUACCGGACCGCUCAAACUUGGACUGACGCCCAGCGAGAGUGUCGCAAAGAGGCAGGGGAACUUGUGAGCAUUCGGAAUGUGGAAGACCACAGCUUCGUCCUGUCUCAACUUGGCUAUGCGUCCACCGACGAGCUGUGGCUGGGACUGAACGACAGGAAGACGGAGGGCCUGUUUGAGUGGAGCGACCACUCUACAGUCACUUUCAUCACCUGGGAGUUUGGUUCCCCGAAAUUCUCAUCUGAUGUAGAAGAUUGUGUCCUAAUGAAGGGCGAGAUGGGAAACUGGGCAGAUUGCAACUGUGAAGAGAAACAUGGUUUUAUUUGCAUGAAGCAAAGUUCCACGACGAGAACAGGAGAUGAAAAGUUUUUGGAUAUCGGCUGCAAAUCUGGUUGGCGGAAGCAUGGGCCCUACUGCUACUUUGUGGGGACAGAAACCAAAACCUGGGAUGAAGCCAACGAGCACUGCACAUCCUCGAGCUCCAUUUUGGUCGACGUUUUAAAUGCGGUGGACAAUGCUUUCCUCGUCAGCUUGGUCGGGCUGAGAUCAGAGAAAUAUUUUUGGUUGGGCCUAUCAAACCAGAAAAACAUCGACCAGUUUGUGUGGACCAACACCGACGUGGUCAAAUUCACACACUGGAAUUCCGAAAUGCCUGGAAACGAACAGGGCUGUGUGGCCAUGAAAACUGGGGUUCAUGCUGGACUGUGGGACCUGCUGCCCUGCGUCAACAAGGAGAAGUACAUCUGCAAGCACCUGGCUGAGGGAGAGGUUGUGCCACCAGAGCCCCCGACAAAGACUCCCCCUCAAUGUGCAGAGGGAUGGAAUCGAGUAGGAUCACGAAAUUAUUGCUCAAAGUUAUUCACAGGUCCACGGGCUUAUGAGAAGACCUGGUUUGAAGCUAGAGACUACUGCAGAGCCAUCGGUGGGGAUCUGCUCAGCAUCCACAGCUCCGCUGAGCUCCUUGUGGCUCGCCAUGGAAGAGCCUGGAUCGGACUACACAUCGCCGACCCAGGUGCCGGUUACGUUUGGAGCGAUGGAUCGCCGGUCAAUUUCCUGCACUGGCAGGAGGGGGAGCCAAAUAACCACAACAAUGCGGAAUCUUGCACAGAGUUCAAGAUCUACAGGGCUGAUGAAAUGGGCUCUUGGAAUGACGCCCACUGUGAGAGUUACAAUGACUGGGUCUGUCAGAUACGUGCUGGUGCGACUCCAAAACCACCUCCGAAUGACACAGCAGUAGACUACAACGUAACGGCCGACGGCUGGCUUCUGUGGAGAGGAAAUCAGUACUACAUCAACAAGCGAUCGCUUGCCAUGGAAGAUGCUCGUAGUUUUUGCCAGCAGAGACACGGCGACCUGAUCACCAUCACCAGCGAGGCGGAAAACAUCUUCGUGUGGAAGCAGGUGUCCAGGAGCUACGGGAGUUACUAUAUUGGGUUGUCCGUUGAUCUGGAUGGAUCAUUUUGGUGGAUGGACGGUUCUCCACUUGGAUUUCGGAGAUGGGACGCAGAGCAGCCUAAUCCCGACUCCUUUGAUGAGAACUGCGUGGUUAUGACCUACUACAUGGGCUUCUGGCGAGGCAGUAAUUGUGGUGAGGAGUAUCAGUCCAUCUGCAAACGCAGUGGCUCGGCCCCCGUCAACACCACAGUAGCCCCCACGUCUGCUCCCAAAGGAGGCUGCCCGAUCAAGUGGAACAAAUUUGAGUCAAAGUGUUAUAGCAUCAGUAACCGCCAGGCGACGUGGGAAGACGCCAGGAGACAGUGCAUAUCCAUGGGAGGGAAUUUGGCCUCAAUCCAGACAAGAAAAGUGCAAGCAUUUUUGACAAUCAACAUUGUUGAGAGUUCCACAACUGACCUGUGGAUUGGGUUGAAUGGGAUAAAGCAAGAUGAAUUUUACUGGACAGAUGGAAAAUCAAGACAAUACACCAACUGGGGAUAUUCGGGUCGCUACCACCGAACGGGAACCUUCUAUAAAAGAUGGAAUGAGGGAGACUGUGUUUUGAUGAGCUCCAGUCUGACGUCAGGCACUGGGAAAUGGCUGAUCAAGGGCUGCAAUGACACCAACGGCUUCAUCUGUGCCAGGAAACUUGACCCCAACUUCCCGUCUGAACCGGACCUUCCCAUCCCAAGCAUCUACGUGCCGCUAGGAAACGACAGCAUUAAGUUUGUGUCAAAAAAUUUGACAUGGAGCGAUGCUAAAAAUCACUGUGAGGAGGACAAAGGAAAUCUGGCCAGUCUCCGGAACCAGUGGACGCACGCAUACGUGGAACUGCUGACGAUGAAAAUCAAUGCGCCUGUUUGGAUCGGACUCAACAAAAAGCAGACCGCUGGAUAUUUUAGGUUUAUCGAUGGCUGGCACCUGAAUUUUGCCAACUGGGCAGAAUCCGAACCGAGCAUGGACCGAUCCUGUGUUUACUUGGAUGUGGAUGGGAAAUGGAGGACGGCUCACUGCAACCUCACCAUGAACAGCGUGUGCAAGCAGUCGACAGAUGUGCCUCCUACCGACUCCACUGUUUACCCCGGGGUCUGUCCUGAUGACUCCGUUGAGGAACACUAUCAGACGUUCAACUGGGCGCCCUUCAAGAAUCACUGCUAUUUGUUUGUCACAGAGGAGAUCGAGUGGGCAGACGCCGCCAGCAGCUGUGUGAGACACGGCGGAUCCUUGGCGAGCAUCACGGAUCCAGAUGAGCAGGCGUUCAUAGCAAGCAAUGUGGAGAUAUUCAAAGACAGUCACAGCGCCUUCUGGAUUGGCCUCUUCAAGACUCACAAAGGGGUGUGGAAGUGGCUGGAUCAAGCCGUCCUGGACUACACUAACUGGGCCUCGGAGGACACUGAAAAGGAUUUUGGAGAGAUAGGAAGUAUGGAUGGGGAAUGGAGGUCGGGUCGGCGAUGGAACGACAGAGCCUACAUCUGCAAAACUGCCAAAGUUCUGAUGUCAAUCGAUCCGGAGUCCAGGCCCGAACCUUUGGGUCCGCAGGACUCCCGCUCGCGGGUCCACAGAGGCUUAAUCUUGGUGCUGGUCGUCGUCGUCACAGCUGCUGUAUUUUUGAUCGGAUUCCUAAUCUACAAGAAGGUUCCCCGGACGCUACCCACCUUUGACAACCCACUCUACUUCGACAGCGAACGAUCCCAGCCAGACGUGGUGGACACAAAUAAACUGAUAGAGAAAGCGGAGGAGGACCAAGUGGAGCCCAUAAUAACCCUGUGAGAGAAAAUCUAGGGGGACCUUGACUGAACUCAGGCAAAUGUACGAAAACCUUCUCUGUCGUGUGUGUUACAUUGUUGCCGUGUAAGAUAUGUGUUCAGUUAUUUAACGUGUUUGCUGUAAUUAGAAACGUCAAUCUGUUACCUGCAAGUGGAUGAACGUAACUGUUAGCCGUGCCACUAGGUGGGGCUCAGUGCUGGCACUCCUGAAAUCUUGCUAAAAUGAACAUUAAAGUCUGAAGCCGUUACAUGCCUUCCUCAACACUGGUCUCUUCCCUUUGUACAAAUA